UCAUUGUUGGUUUCAGACACCUUAUCAAUCAUGACUGUUUAUGUAAGCCUUUGAUAGCCCGAACUCACGUUCCACAGAGACUGCUAUAUGUCAAUGUAAUAACUGCUCUGCUGGUCAUUACUAUAGGACGAUGAAGGUACUACUGACCAUCCUCCUCUCUGUGCUGACCCUGGCCAACGGGUCACAUGAGCACGAUAUAAUCAACCUCUACAAACAUAACUUCAGGGGCGAUGGGACCUAUUACGGAGUUGGUUCUAGUGGAACAUGUAGUUACACCCCUCCAGACCUGCCUCCUGUGGCCAAAAACCACGCCAUUACAGAUUAUGUGGCCCUCAACAGUCCUCAAUUCUUCGGAUCUUUAGCUUGUGGCAUGUGUUUUACGGUUAAUGGGACUGGUCACGGUCUUGGUAAUGACCCGAUCAAUGGUCAACACAUCGUAUUCGUCAAGGACCUGUGUCCGGAGUGUCACGCCGGGUCCGUGGAUUUUGCCAAGAAUGGUGAUGGUCGAUGGGGGAUUUCCAUCCGGGCUAUCCAAUGUCCAGUCGGUAACACACCAAUCGAAUACAAAUUCCAGGGAAGCAACGAUUAUUACUUGAAGCUCCAAGUCCGUAAUGCAAGAAUUCCUGCCACAAAAGUAGAGAUGCGACAACAGGACAAUCAUUAUGCCAGUUUCCAACAUACAACUGAUGGCUUCUGGACUAUGGGGGCAGGUUUUGAUAAGCCUGUCAGGUAUCCCAUACACCUGCGACUCACGGCGGCUAACGGGGACACAGUCCUGGACACCAUCCACAUGAAUCACAUACAGAACGAAGUCGUGCUUCAUGGGUCAGGAAAACAGUUCAGCCUUGACAGAAACCUACCACACUAGUCUUAACAGAAACCUACCACACAAAUUUUAACAGAAACCUACCAAACAAGUCUUAACAAAAACCUACGAUACAUGUAAAGUUUUCAAUAGUAAAGACGUCGUUUAAAUAAAAAGACAAGUUUUGAU